AUGCCUCUCGGCUUCUUUCUUUCUUUAUUCGUUCUCAGCUUUUUUCUUUCUUUUAGGGUUCGAUUUCUGUUCCUUUCCUUCUUCUUUCUUUACCUUUAUUUAUUUCUUUUUCCGAUUCGAUUUGGGCUUCCAUUUCUUUCAUUCAUUCUUUCUUUCUUUCUUUCGAAAAUGGCUUCGAACUUUCUUUCCUUAUUCGUUAUAUGCUUUUUUUCGUCUUCUCUUCUCUUUCCUUUACCUUUAUUCCUAUCUGGAUAUGCUGUGGCACUAUGCUCUAAACGGAGGGGGAUAAUAUUUGCUUUCUUCUUAAUCCUUUUUUCUUACUUUCUCUUCAUUUUUCUUUCUUUCUUUCUUUCUUUCUUUCUUUCUUUGACUCUUUUCAUAUCUAUCUAUCUAUCUAUCUAUCUAUCUAUCUUUGACUCUUUUCAAUCUAUCUAUCAAUCUAAUUAUCUAUCUAUCUUUGACUCUUUUCAAUCUAUCUAUCAAUUUAAAUAUCUAUCUAUCUUUGAUUCUUUCCAUAUCUAUCUAUCUAUCUAUCUAUCUUCUACUUUUCUCUUUCAUUUUUUCUUUAUUUUUUUCUAA